CGCCGCCAGGAUCACCCCGAGACCGGAAGUUGUUUCUCCGGCGGCCGGGGAGAAACCGGAAGUGGCGAGAACGGCUGUUGCCCGGGGACCCCGAGAAGAGAGUCGCGGAGCCGCUUGCAGGCACCUGAUUUGUUGCAGAGAUUUGUGGCUGCCUUUCUCUUUGGGAUCUGAAGAGCAAUGGGGAACACGAGCAGUGAGCGGGCCGGUGUGGAGCGUCAAGGGAGCCACAAGACACCUCGGAGAGAUAGCGGAGGAACAAAGGAUGGAGACCGGCCGAAGAUCUUGAUGGACAGCCCUGAAGACGCCGACAUGUUCCACGCCGAGGAAAUAAAGCUUGGCAAGGAAAAAGAAGAAUUCCUGGCCUGGCAGCAUGACGUCGAGGUGAACGAUAAGGCUCCUACACAAGCUCGGCCAACCGUUUUUCGCUGGACCGGAGGAGGCAAAGAGGUCUUUCUGUCUGGCUCUUUUAACAACUGGAGCAAACUUCCCCUGACACGGAGCCACAAUAACUUUGUAGCAAUUCUCGAUCUCCCAGAAGGCGAACACCAAUACAAGUUUUAUGUGGAUGGCCAAUGGACACAUGAUCCUGCAGAGCCUGUAGUAACCAGCCAGCUGGGGACUGUCAACAACGUCAUCCAGGUGAAGAAAACAGACUUUGAAGUAUUUGAUGCUUUAAUGGUGGACUCCCAAAAGUCCUCAGAUGUAUCUGAGCUGUCAAGUUCACCCCCCGGACCCUACCACCAGGAACCCUACAUCUGUAAGCCUGAAGAGCGCUUCAAGUCCCCCCCUAUUCUUCCUCCGCACCUCCUGCAGGUUAUCCUAAACAAAGACACUGGGAUUUCGUGCGAUCCUGCCCUGCUUCCCGAGCCGAAUCACGUCAUGCUGAAUCACCUCUAUGCCCUUUCCAUCAAGGACGGGGUCAUGGUGCUCAGCGCUACCCACCGUUACAAGAAGAAAUAUGUCACUACGCUGCUGUAUAAGCCCAUAUGAAAGCAGAGCUGGGUGCCCGGGCCGAUGGAGAAGCGGAGGGAACAAACGAGAAGCGUAUGCUCUUUGAAACAGUAGCGGACUUGCUGUCGAAUCAUAACGCAUAUUUAUAUAUAUAUAUCUUUAUAUUUUUUAAAAGAGCCCAAAUUUGCCUUUCUCUCUUUCUCUCCCUCCUGCUCUGAAUGUUCUUUAGGCCCACAAGCAGGUACCCACUUGUGCUGCCAAUCAAGGCCGUGGGUUUUUGAGGGGGUUCGUUGCCCUGUAAUAUUGCGGGGGGGGGGGGAUCUAUGAAGACGCACAAGCUGCCAAGGGCAUUUAGUUUGCAGAGUUAAGACAAACAAAUUUUUGAACUGGGCACUCAGAAUGAAUGGACACCUUCAAUCGUCCAAAGUCCCCAAAGUGGCUUUCCUUUUUUCGUACAGCAAUAUGUGUAAGAGAAGGUGUUUUCCUUCUGUAGCAAUCUGGGCAUACCCUUAUAAAUAACUUUUUAUUUUUUGUUCUCGUCCGUCCCUGCCCUCCCCGCUAGUCACCUUUUGUAACCUGGGCGCGACUUGCCAGGUUUCAGAUGACUGGCAAAGGCAGCCAGCUUUGGUUACUUUCCAGCAGAAAAUGCUUGGCACACCUUUCAGUUUACUGCAGCUGGACUGAUGGCUUUAGGUUGGUGGUUUCACUGUCCAGUGGGCAGCGGGAUAUUACGAAGAGGCUAGAAGAGUCGGACGCUGCUGUGAAGCUUCGGGACCAACCCUUUCUGGGUCCUAUGAGCCUCCUUCCCCCCCCCCAACUUCUUGGAUAGUUUGCUCAGAAAUGUGGCUCCUUCCUUUCCAAAGAUUAGAACUCCCAAGCAAUAUUGCUGCCCUGCUCCAGGGUUGCGAGGGAGGUGGGCUUUGCACCCCAGGCCUUCACAUGUCUCUACGCUAAGGAAUCAGGAUGCUUCUCCUCUUAAACAGCUGUAGCCUCCCCUUGUUUGUGGAAGGAGGCUCGUCAAGGGGCUAUGCCUCCCAUAAAAGAUAAGCUGCCUGCUUGUCCCUCCCCCCCACAAAAAAGGCCAAUUAAUGUGUUGUCUGUCACACCGAGGUGCACACACUCCCUAGCCUGCUGUGGCACCAGCUUGUGCCUUCUUAGCCAAGCGAGCCCUGUGUGGUUUUCCCCCUUCUGAUUCCUUACCAAUCUUUUGAGGCCACCAGGCAGUUUUAUUGCUUUGAGUAGCUGAAACUGAUGUAUAGGUAUAGGUAGAACAGGCGCUCUAGAACAGGGGCUGGCUAACCUGUGGCUCCUCCAGGUGUCAUUGGGCUGCGACCACCUUCCUCCCUAACCUCGUCUGACCAGCUGUUUGGGACAGAUGGGAGCUGGGCGGCUCCAAGCUCCCAUCCCUGCUCUAGACCGCUGUUGAGGACAGUAUUUCACGUCUGCUUUUUUUAAAAAAAAAUCUGUUUGCUGUUUUAUUGGUUCUCUUCAGAAAUCAGUUUUUUUAAAAGAAAAUAAAAUCAGUUUACAUAAUGAAGAGUGAGCAUUUCCUCUGCACCUUUCUCGAAAGGAACACAGGUUAAUUUCCCGACAUUAGGGCAAAGGUUGCAACCCAUACUGUCACCUGUGACCUGUUGCAAUAUGUGAGAGGAACAUGCCCUUUGGGUAGGGCAAGACAAAGGUCGGGGGGGGGGUUAUAUGGUCGGGUUUACAGAGUGCUGGAGGUCAACAAAAUGAUUGUCUCGCAGUGGAGCUAAAUUAGCUACAUUACAGGAAAAUGUAAUGGUCACUAUAUAGUAGCCUCUCAACCUGUGAUCCCUCUUGUUCCAGGAUGGUUAAGUUAUUUCAGCCUGAGGGCCACACGCCAGUGGUAGGUGGGGCCAGAGGCAAAAAUUGGGUGGACAAAUGUAAAUGCAACAAAUGUAAAUGCUACCUUUGUACAGUAGGCUAGUCUCUACUCAAACAGCCCUCUCUAAUCUCCAUCAACCAAGGGAGAGACAUUAUCAGCGUUCAAGGACAAACUGGAGGGCAAACUGGAUAGGUCUGGAGGGCUGUAUUUGGCUCCCGUCUGAGGUUCCCCACCCUCUGCUCUAGUUAUUUUCACUAUGAUGAGGAAGAUGAGCUAAUCAAAAAGAUCAGACUCUGGGAGCAGGCAGGCAAAGAAGCAAAUGUCCAGAGUCAUGCAGAUUAGGGCAAAACAAAUUCCUAACUACACAUAUGUGCUUGUAGUGACUAACCAAGAAGAGAGUUCUGGAGGCUAUAACAGAUAGCUUGGUGGAAAUGUCAACUCUGCGUGGGGCAGGGUUUUUUUGUUUUUUUUGGGGGGGAGUGUAAACUCCAUCUAGGUAUUGCUAGAGAAAGGGUGGAAAAAAUAAGACCGCCACUAUCAUUAUGCUGUUGUACAAAAACAAUGGUGUGAGCAGUUGGGAUACCAUAGCAGAAAGACACACAGUGGCGGGAAAGGUUAUGGCAUUUGAAGAGUUUCAGUUUAACAAAAAGAAAAAAGGAAGGCAGGUUGAUAUUAUAGAUGUUUAAAACUGUGUAUGGUACAUCGAAAAUGGAGAGAAGCUUUUUUCCUGUAUUCGUAACUCUAGAAGCUGAAGGGUCAUUCAAGGAAGCUAAAAGAGGGUGGGGGGGAUUCAGGACACAAAACAACUUCUUCCCACAGCACAUUUAACUAUUUCUCCCCGCAGAAACUUUAAAAGAAGUUUAGAAUUAUUCAUGGAGAAGGGUAUAGAUAGCGACUAGCCACAAGAGCUGCCUCCAGGAUGAGGCAGGAUGCUUUUGCCUUUAUGCCCUGGCUUUUAUGUUUCUCACAGGACAUUCAGUUGGUCACAGUGGGAAACUGGAUCUGAGACUAGAUGCCGUCCAAGCCAAGCAGCUCUUAGGCUCUGACAUCUCUAAAACUGCUAGGCUUAUGAGCCUAGCAGUUACUGGGACAUUUAGAACAUCAAAAAAGCCUUGCUGGAUGAGGCCAGCGGUCUGUCAAGUCCAACAUCCAGUUCUCUGGCUGCGAAGUCCACAAGCGAGACCUGGAAGACAACACAGCAACCUCUCCCCACUUGUGAUUUCCUGUAACUAGCAUUCAGAAGCAUGCUAACUCUUGACAUAUCUGUUAUGGCUCAUGUAACUAUGGCAAAUCCUCCUCGAAUUUG